AUGCUUCGGCAAUCGACUUAUUCAACUUCACGUUUCGCAUUGUAUAACUAUUUCGCGCAAGAAAUGCGCCGAAGAAAUGGUCAAUCAAAGCUAUCAAGCUCUUGGGAGAUUGCAUGUGCGGCAUUGGCUGGUGGUAUGGCAGGUUUCGUAGGAAAUCCUACUGAGGUCGCCUUGGUGAGAAUGUGUGCGGAUGGAGCGAAAGCUCCAGCCUCAAGAUUUGGCUACAGUCAUGCCUUCGACGCGUUGAUCAGAAUAGGUCGCGAAGAAGGUGUGCGAACGUUCACUAGAGGGUUGGGCCCCAAUGUAGUGCGUAGUGUCAUUAUGAACGUAUCUCAAAUAGCAACCUAUUCUGCUGCGAAACGCGAAUUGCUAGCGAACCAGUCCCUGGGCCUAAAGGACGGUGUGCUGACUCAUUUCCUUGCAUCCUUUGUGGCUGGGACUGUCGCAACCACUGCGUGCGCACCUGCAGAUGUUCUGAAAAGCAGGGUCCAGAAUGCUGUUACCGUCGAUGGUGUUCGUCCUAGCGUAGUUAAGAUCAUAUCCGAAUCCCUUCGAAAUGAAGGACCUCGGUUUCUCAUGCGAGGCUGGACUCCGGCCUGGCUCAGAUUGACGCCUAACACUAUCCUGACAUUCAUUUUCAUAGAGCAGUUGCAAAGACUCGUCAAUAUGUCGAGAGAGGUCAACCCCAUAGACCCACUUGUACCAGCGGUCAACGCUCCUAAAGUUUGA